CUUUAUCGUGACUAAAGCAAACGACAAUGCAACGUUAGUAAACAAAAAAUAGAUGAAGACGUAGUUUUUGGUGAAAAACGCGAAUGGAGUAUAUGACAGGAAAAGUAUAAAAGAAUUGCUAUUUUCUUUCUUUCAGGAGAGGAUUGAACAAAUACAAAGGGUAGACUUUGGUUGAAAUAUACAUAGAACCAACAGGUCAUUCACUAAUUUGGUAGUACAUGCAGUAUCUUAUCCCCAAAACGUAUAAAAACAAUUUCUAAACACUUAGGUCCUAUUUAACGAAAGGAACUUUCUUUUGACAAGUCAGAUAAAGAUUGAGUUGUAUACAACACUUUUUAAGGCUUUCCAAACAUCUCAGCACAGUACAACCCUGUAAACGAAGGAAUCCAAUUCCAAGAGGAUCUACUAGAGAAUGACAUCUUCAGAAUCUGACGUUGAAGACUACAUGUCUAUGAAGUUUGAUUCUGCUCCUUCAACGUUGCUGAGCAACGAGGAAAAGCGAGAUGUAGAAUCGAAAGAACGAGGUUUCCAACCAAGUCAAAAGACAUUAGAAUAUGAAAACUUUAAAAAGGCAAUUUCAGAGUCCGUAUCUGAAAGAUCUGCGGGUUCGAAAAAGGCUCUAGAAAUGAUGAAAAAAAUGGGUUACAAGUCCGGUUCAGCAUUGGGUGUGGAAGAAAAAGAAGAAGAGGAGCCUUUAUAUGUUGAAAAAAAGCAAGACAAGGGUGGUAUUGGUUACGAAAAUGACAAGAAACGACGAUUAGAGGACAUCAUAAAGGAAGAACGUCUCGAUAUAGAAAAACAAACGAAAUCGAUCAACGAAUUUUCGACUGAGAAAUCAAAGGAAUAUUUAGAGAAGAAAUUGGCGAAUCAGUGCUCUUCUGCUCAACGUGUUCUCGAAAAACUAGAGACCAAUGAACUUGAAAAAUCCGGGUUGGAAAUGACAGCUGAAAAGGCGCAUCCAUAUUAUCGUUCCUUACUAUUAAGAAAAGAACAGGAUUUAGAGGAAAGAGUUAAACGAAAACGUCUUGCUAGCCGCGUCCCGCUCGCCCAAUUGGAAACUGCAUCAGGAUCAGAUGUCCCUGAACAAUUGGAAUCAGAGCCCACUAAAAUGGAUAAAGAAUUUCAUUAUUUUGAAUCCCUAACGGAGCUGGAAAAGUUGAGUACAGUUUUACUUUAUCUUCGAAGAAAAUACUUUUACUGUCUCUACUGUGGAUUCAGUUACGAUAAUUUGGAGGAUUUGGAAACGAACUGUCCCGGUGUUUACGAAGACGACCAUGACUGA